AGGGGAGGAAGAUCCCGCCACUCCUCAGCUACGGGGCGACGUGCUCGGAGCCGGCGGGACCAAUCGCCGCCGCCGCUCGCUCCCAGGCGCCCCGCCCCGGCGGCCGGUCGGCCCGGGGACUGACCUGAGUGACGGGGGCCCGAGGGCGAGAGGAAGAUGGCGCCGGCCGUGCUCCUGGCCGCCGGGCUGCGCGUGGCGCGCAGGGCUGUGGCGGUCGCGGGGCCGCGGGGGCCGCAGGUCCGAGGAGCUGCAGGUGUGAAUGAUGGAAACGAAGUGACCAAGGCCCAGCAGGCAGCUCCUAGGGGAACAGCCCCAACCAUCUUCUCUAAGAUCCUGGAUCGAAGCCUUCCAGCUGACGUUCUGUAUGAGGACCAGCAGUGUCUCGUGUUCCGUGAUGUGGCUCCUCAGGCUCCUGUGCACUUCCUGGUCAUUCCCAAGAAGCCCAUUCCUCGGAUUAGCCAGGCUGAAGAAGAAGACCAGCAGCUUCUAGGACACCUUCUCCUUGUGGCCAAGAAGACAGCAAAGACUGAGGGGCUGGGAGAUGGAUACCGACUUGCUCCCUUUCAGUGAUCAACGAUGGGAAGCUGGGAGCACAAUCUGUGUAUCACCUGCACAUUCACGUACUUGGGGGCCGACAGCUCCAGUGGCCUCCAGGUUGAACCUACCAACUGACCAAGGACCCUGUGCCUGGAUGAUUGGAUGGGGGAGAAGGAAAGGGACCCUGUGAUCUAAUAAACUUGCUCUCCCUCAA